UAACAGGCGUCUCUAAAAAAAAUAAAAAUAUUUAGGUAAUUAUUUACUUUUAAUUUAGGUUUUUCCAUAUGUCAUUUUUCUAAUUCUUAUAUCUUAUCCGGUUUAAAAAUAAAUUGUGAUUCAACAAGACAUUGUAUUGAACUAUUGAAACAAAUCAAUUUGAAAAUAAUAUGGCUACUAGAAGUCUUACCGACAUAUUUUUGUUAAUGCGAACAAAUUCCAUCCAGAGUAGAGGAAUAUAUUCAUUUCAAGGAUCUAAACAUAAUGAUUAUGAUUCAGACAGUGAUGAAGGUAUUAAUGACAAAGCAGCGUUAAUGGAAGCUGGUCGUUCUAUGGUUAAAACAAAUUCUAUUGAAAUGCGUUCUCAAGAAAAAUCUCCACCAACAUGGACUGGAUUACUUGAAGAUGCUCAAUAUUCUAUAACAAGGUUACAGAACAAAUUAAAAGAAUUACAAUCAUUACAAGAUGCACAGGUAUUGAGACCUACUCUAGAUGAUUCUAGCUUACAAGAGAAACACAUCCAAGAUCUCACAUUAGAUAUUACAAGAAUAUUUGGUUCAACCAAAAAAAUAAUUCAACAAAUUCGAUUACAUUCAAGUGGAUUAUCUGGAAACAAAGAAUCCCAACUUUCAUACAAUGUGUCUUCUGCUCUAGUGUCAUCAUUGCAAAAUUUGUUCAACGAAUUUCGAAACUCACAACAAAUUUAUCUAAACAAAAUCAAACAUAGAGAAGCUAUGUCAUCACAAAUGUGUUUUGAAACCGAAGAAAAUACUUCAAAUUCUGAUUUACUAGAUAUGUUUGGUAAUGAUUCAAAUUCUUUUGGACAACAGCAACAGAUGCAACAAUCAAAUCAAACACAAACAUUUGCUGCUAUACUUAUUGAAGAAGAAAAUGCUAAAAUGGCAGUUCAGUGGGAACGUGAAGCAAAUCAGAUAUCCAGUUCUGUUCUUGAACUUAAUAAUAUAUUUAAAGACCUUGCACAUAUGGUUGUUCAGCAAGGUAGUGUUUUGGAUCGGAUAGACUACAAUAUUGAACAGACUGAAAUAAGAGUUAAAAAAGGUGCAGCUGAGUUAAUUAAAGCAGAAAAAUAUCACCGAACCAAUAGAAAAAUGAAAUGUAUUUUGAUUUUAGCUCCUAUUUCUAUUAUGUUGUUAAUUCUUUUGGAUAUAACAAAAUUUUAAGGUAUUUAUCUUAUUGUUCUUUACUUCUUAUUUACCAAAAUACUAUUUAUUAUUUAUUGUUAUUAAAUAUAUAUUUAUAUGAUGUUAUUAUGUUUAUUAUUAAUACAGUCAUAACAAAAUUGUCAUGUUAAAUAAAUUAUUGUAGCUUAAAUGUA